CCGCGGCGUUUCUAACUUGGCCGAUGUUGGUCGGUCGGUCGGGGCUAUUUUGGGGCCGGUUUCUGCCGUUUGCGGCGGAGCGGCCCGUGGGGCCGCGGACGAGUUUCCAGCUUCUCUUUCUUUCUCCUUCGCCUCCCCGGGCGGCGGGGGGGGGGGGGGCAGGGCUCGCCGCUUCCCCCGGCUUUGUGUCCGCGGCGGGCAGCGGCCCCGGCGCCGCGCUACCUGUUGCGGCCGGAGGGGGGGCGGCGGGGCCCGGACCGGAGCGGACCGGAGCGGCCCGGCCUCACCGCUCGGCCGAGCCCCGGCCCGUGACAGCGGCGCGGAGAAGCCGCCCCCGCCGCCCCCCGCAGCACAAUGACCCCGCGUGGUUCCUUCUCCUCGAAGCGACUCCGACUUUCCAGCCCCGGCCUUUUGCUCCUGCUGAGAUUUGGGCUUUAACCAGGAGAGAUCUGCGGGCAGCUCCACCAUGUCGGAUAGCGACCUCGGGGAGGACGACAGCGCCACAUCCCCGGACCCCUUGCAGUCCAACAAGAGGAAGAGAAGGGGCAAUCUCCCCAAGGAGUCCGUGAAGAUCCUCCGGGACUGGCUGUACGAGCACCGCUUCAAUGCCUACCCCUCCGAGCAGGAGAAGCUCAGCCUCUCAGGGCAGACCAGCCUCUCCGUGCUGCAGAUCUGCAACUGGUUCAUCAACGCCCGGAGGCGGCUGCUCCCCGACAUGCUGCGCAAGGACGGGAAGGAUCCCAACCAGUUCACCAUCUCCCGCCGAGGGGGCAAAGCUGGUGACGUGGCCCUGCCGCGGGGGGCUGCUGCUGGCUCCGGGGUGCUGCUGGUACCUCCUGUGACGGCCGCGGGGGCCUCCAAGGUGCUGUCGAUGUCCGUGUGCCCGCAGGUACUGUGCCACCCUGCCCAGGCGCUGGGCAGCAACCUGACGGUGGUGAGCGCCCGCAGCCCCGAGCGGGAGAAGCCCCCCGGCCCGCAGCGAGUGGAGCCGGACCCUGCCCCCAAAGUGCCGCUGGGUGCCGCCGGCAGCACCGUGACCUUGCUGGCCCGGGCCGAGGCGGCCAGCCCCACUAGUGGACUCUUCAACACGCCACCCCCCACGCCCCCCGAGCUGUUCGGCGACGACUUCAGCAGCUUCCAGCUGCUGGUGGAGGUGGCGCUGCAGAAGGCGGCUGAGCUGGAGUUGCAGCGGCAGGGCGGGCAGCUGCCCCUCUCGCCCCAGACUGAGCCCCCACGAGCCUCCGUCUCCAAAUAACCCCCUGGGCCAGGUCCCGCGGGGUGCCCAUCCUUGGGGGGUGCCUGAUCCGCCUGGCCUCAUGCCGCCCGCCUGCCCGCACCCCCCGACCAGCUCAUCUCAGAAGCGGCCUCCUGCCCCCCGGGGGCUCUGGUCUCUGUCAGCCAAGGGGGGAGAGGAAGGACUGUCCCAUCCCGCCACCCUCUCGCUGGGGAGAUGCCCCCUACCUGCCGCCCUUGCCGCCACCAAGGAUGAUGCCGCGGGAGGAUGCGGCCGCCGCAACCUGGCUGUUGUGAAAAGACCUUUGCAGCUUUACUGACCUCUCCCUGCCGUGAGCGACGGUUACUGUGGAGCUUCCCUUGGAAAACCUGCUGACUUCUUUUUCUCUCUCCUGUAAACAAGGGUCCAGCCAACACCAUUUCUUCAGGGAGAGAAAGAGAGAAUUUUUUUUUUUUUUUUAAAAGUUAGUGUCUGUUUUAAGGACUAUGGAUGAAAAGCUUUUUCUCCCAAAUUUCUUAAACCCUCCCCCCCCCCCUUUUUUUUUUCUCUUUUAUUUGUGGAGGGCCUUUCUGGUACUGUGUGCUGGCCAGGAGCCCUGCCUUGCCCAGGGAAGGGCAAAGGACAGAUGAACUGGAAAUCUGAAGUCUGUGGCAUUUUUUUCCGCACAGAAAACAUGGGACCCUCCUCUUCUGCCGUAGUGUGUUACGGAUGCUGCCAGUAGAAAUCUCUAUGGUGCUGUUUAGCAAUUUUUUGCUGAAACAUUUUCCCUUUAAUUGUGAUUUAUUAUAUGAUUUUUGUUUUCUUCUAUAAGCAUUUCCACAACUUCCCCAUGAUCCUCUCGAGUUCCUGCUGAAUACGUGCACGUUGUGUCCUGGAACAGAGAGCGCAUCGCAGACCCUAUGAGAUGCUGACAGCAGGCUGCUGCUGGGGGUGGAUGCGAAGCUGAGACUGUGAAAUUUUGUAUCCAACUUCUUUAUUUUCUAUUUUUUUUUUUAAAAACAUUUGGAAAGAGGUGUGUUGUGGGUAUGUGUGUUGUUCUGCAAGCGCAGCGCUCACAGCCUGCAGACCGUGGUUCCUGGAAAGCAGAGUUGUCUCAGCAGCCAAGCGCUGAUGAACUGCCCUGGGAACGCAGAGGGAAGGAGUCCUUCGCUCCCCGUCCCCUCCCUCCCGCUCUUGCUGAGCGUGGCUGUGCCCGGCUGUGCGGUGCUGGUGACCUCUAGUGACAAGCUGGUGUCUGCUGGGAGCUGGCUGUGCCCCCCAGCCAGGCCUGGUCGUGGUUUUGGGGUGCUGGGGCAGUUCCUGGCUGGGCAUCGCUGGCUGUCACUGAGCGGGAGCCUGGGCGCUGCGCCGGUCCUGAGAUAUUGCUGUUUCACUGUAAAAUGUAAGUUAAAUAGCGAUACGUACGCACCUAUGUUAUCUAUCCUGAGAAACACUAAUCCUAGGUAAUUAGCCUGAUUAUUAAGUUGCAUGACUAGAGAUAAUAAUGUCCACAGGAUCUGGUGCUCUGCAGUGGUUGGAGCCAGCGGUGCUGGGAGAGCGGCACGCUGCGGGAUGAUGGGGCCUGGAAGGGAAACGCAUAGAUUGGGGGGACUGGUGUUUUCCCCCUGACUUUUCUUCAGAGAAAAGGUGACAGGGCAGAGGCGCUGCAGUGGGGGCUGCAGGAAGGCUUCCCGGUAGCGUGUUGUGUUGGCCGGGUGCCCCUGUGCAGCAGGGAUGGCUGCAGCUCUGGCGUUACCGGCUGGGCAGAGGGCACCGCUGCAGGUGGGUGCUCGCGUGUGGCUGUGAACAUCCCCUUCUCAUCUCCCCCAGCUCCGUUUUGUGUCCAGCCUUUGCCCUCUGCCUCCUUUCUGGGGAAAGCCCUCAGUUUUAGGACUCCCUCCCUUACUUCUAGCUAGCCCUUCCCCCCGUCACCCCUCUGCAGUUCUGUUGCCUUUUUAGGCUUUUUAGUCUUCCCCCCCUUUAUUUUGCCCCAGUCAAACCAAAGUGGUUUCCUCCCGCAGCGGCAGGACUGCUAGAGCUGUGCCUGUGCCUUGGACCAGUGCUGCUGCCCUGGGGAUGGACCAGAGAGAGUGGGGAGGGCAGGGAUUAUUGGAAUGAAAAUUACGGAGCAAAAAAAAAACCUACUGUAAAUAUCUUUUGUUUGUUCUUCUGUUGUCAAAUAAAAGUUUUUUAGUUUUUUUUUUUUUUUAAA